AUGAGAGAGUUUGGUUUGUUUCUUCUGUGCCUCCUUCGCAUCUCCAGGAAGGGUGUGCAGUCCAAUGGCUGGUCUGUUCAUGUCCCGUCUGAUGUUACUGGUGAACUUGGGAAGAUGGUUAUCCUUCCCUGUACUUUCACACACCCAUACAAAACAUUUGACCGGACCCUCACUGCCAUUUGGAGGAUCAAGGAACCUUACAAUGGCACGAUAGUUUUCAAGUGCAUUAGCCAGAGCUCCAGCGAGCUCUGUAAGACUGCCAUCAGCUACAAAAACAAAUACAAACUGCUUGGCAACCCCCGGCACAAGGACCUUUCCAUCAGGAUUGACAAUCUGACCUGGAGUGACAGCGAGAGAUACUUCUGCCGGGUGGAGUUGUCCGGAGAUAUCCACGACAAGUAUGAAAGCAGGAAUGGGAUAAAGCUGCAUUUGAUUGCUGCCCCCAGGAUCAUCAACAUCACCGUCAGCAACAACGGGGAUCGCACCUUCCAGGCACGCUGCAUUGCCGAGGGGGAGCCAGCACCCACUCUGACCUGGACCGGACCACCCUACAGCAACCUCACCUCCAUCACCAGCAUGAACCAUCGCGUCACCAAGGAGCUCCGGUACCUGACCCACGAUGGAAAAUACACCUGUACUGCUGUCAACAGCCACGGGAGAGCAGAGGGGGCUGUGUACUUCUAUAAAUUCAAAGCAUCCAGCAGCUCCUUCUUCCUGAUCCUGAUCUUUGUGCCUCUGGGAAUUAAAGUGCUCAUUUUGCUGGUGAUACUGAGCUUCACUGUUUUCUCGAGAGGAGGUCCCCCUUCUGCCCCAACCAGCCUGGCCCGGCCACAGCUGCAAGAUUCCACCUACGAGAACUUUGACCGCAGACACGGCGGCAGCCAGACUUUGCCAACAGAGAGAACAGCAUCAAGACGCAGCUGA